AUGUUUGGCAGCAAUCUUUAUAAUCUCAAGUUGUGGCUUAUGACAAAGCCACGUGGUGAGGGUUUGGACGUUCCUGUUGAGUAUCUUGUGAAUUUGAACCCGGAUACGCUCGAAGAGAAAAAUGUCCACAUACAAGUAGAACGCAGAGCUCUCCUUCGAGAUGACGAUGCCAUAGUUGAUGCAUUCAUCCCGACCCCUGCAGGAGAUCAAUCUCUACUGAUAGCCCAUUCCAAUCAAAAACAAAACGAUCCUGUUUGUAUUCCCAUGGAAGCAUCAUAUCCCCUCGAUCCUAGCAUCCGAGGAGAGUACCAAAUCCCACAUCCCUUCUUUACCUUUCGACUAAAAGAACAUAAGAAUGGUCCUGAAAGGCUCGUUCAAUGGCAGAUCCAUCCAGGUCCUAACAGCCUCUUUCGAUACCUCCUGGUUGAUCUAGGCUAUGAAGGAGAGUUUACACCGUCGAUCUCACAAAAUUUAUCUCCAGAGGCUCACGUACUGGCUAUUUAUCAGCACGUUGGACUCGUUGUUUGGCUACCAGCUGACGUCAGCGAAGGUGUGCUUCUACUUCCUGAACGUGGCCAGUCCAAGAAUCAUGGACAGGAAAUAAUUGUGAUCACCAGUCUACUUGCUUUUCUAUACCAAAUGCGAGGGGUAAAAUGCAUGCAACCACAGAGGAUACUGGGCUGCUCAAACUCGUUGAAGUUGUUCAAGAAGGUGGCGUCAAUGGUCCGAAAACAUUAG